AUACGCGCCGUGAUACUCUGGAAAUCUGGAUUCAUUUACGGUAGAAGCUCAUCCGCUACUAGAGUAGUAAACACCUGCUCAUGUUCUCUGACCGUGUCAGUCAGUGCUCAUGGGGACACUCAGAGAUCUUCAGUUCGCUUUACAGUUAAAGAUAGAGGAGUUACGGCAAAGAGAUGCUCUUAUAGAUGAGCUGGAGCUUGAACUGGACGCUAAAGAUGAUCUCAUCCGCCGCCUGCAGGGGGAGCUCGACCGGCUGCGGCUCUCUGUUAAUCCUGCUGCAGGUCAACAGCGUGGAUCAUCUGUGAGAGUGAGGAGAAGAGCCGUGGUAACAGAGCCCAUUAACAUGGAGUCUGAACUAGUCUUACAAAAUCCUCCAAUCAGCUACAGCAAAAACCAGGAGUCACAGAAGCUGAUAGAAGCAGCUCUUGUAGAGAACGAGUGUAUGAAAUAUCUAGACAGGGAUCAGAUGCUGUGUUUGGUGGAUUCUGCCUAUCCCAUCACACUCAAACAGGGGAUGUGUGUCAUGAAGGAAGGCGAUGAGGGAUCCCAGGCAUACAUUGUGGAAGUGGGGAAACUGGAGGUGUCCAGGGCCGGCCAGAAGCUGCACAUCAUUAAGCCGAGGGUGAUGUUUGAAGAACUGGCCCUCAUUCAUAGCCACACCUGCUCCACUACUGUCACAGCACUUAUGGAUAGCAGGUUGUGGGUGAUGGAGGGUCCGAUAUUUCAGAAGAUCAUGAUGAGGAGCAGUCUGAUCAAAAUUACACAGUCCGUGCAAUUCCUGCGCAGCGUUCCAGUCUUCAGUGUCUUAACAGAAGAUGCUCUGAUGAAAGUGUCUGAUGCACUGGUGGAGUCUCGCUAUAGGGAUGGUGAUUAUAUUAUUCGAAAUGGCAGUGUGGAAGAUAAUCUCUUCAUUGUGAGUCAAGGCCAGGUUAAAGUUGUAGAGAAACAGUCUGCCAAUGAAGACAGCGUCUUAGUGUCGGUUCUCACCAGAGGAGAUUGUUUUGGGGAGAGAGGUCCACGAGGGGAUGAUGUAAGGUCGAUGAGUGUGGUCGCUGCAGGCGAUGUGACAUGUCUGGUCAUAGACAGAGAGAUUUUCAAACGGAUAAAUGGAGGCUUCAGCGACGUCAGAACAAAACAGAGCUGCAACACCAGAUCAAUGUCAGAGGAAAAUGGGUCUGCAUUUGGUGAAAUGACUCUCGGCAGUUUUCAGGUGUUGUAUAAUCUGGAAGACGGACGGUGUGGUCACACUCAGGUGGUCCGCCUGAAGAGUGACCCCAGAUGCAAAUACACAUUGAAAGCCAUAAGAAAGCAGGCGAUACGAAACACGGGUCAAAGAGAAAGGAUUCUUGCAGAGAAACACAUUCUUAAAGAUCUUCAAAGUCAAUUCAUAGUGAGGUUGCACUGUACCUUUAAAGACGCUAGAUACCUUUAUAUGUUGAUGGAGGCCUGUGAAGGUGGAGAUCUGUGGAAUUUAUUGAAAGAGAGGGGGUCACUGGAGGAAAGUGCUGCUCGCUUUUACACAGCGUGUGUGCUGGAAGCUCUUAGUGUUCUGCACAGUAAAGACAUCAUUCACAGAGACCUAAAACCAGAAAAUGUUCUGCUGGACCAGCGAGGAUAUGCUAAACUGACAGGGUUUGGUUGUGCUAAAAAGCUGGGGUCUUUGCACAGGUCCUGGUCAUUCUGUGGGACUGUGGGUUAUCAGGCACCAGAGGUUAUUUUGCAUAUGGGUCAUGGUCUGUCUGCAGAUCUCUGGGCUGUAGGGAUGCUGGUGUGUGAACUGCUCAAUGGCAGUCCUCUGUUCUCUGGUUUAGAGCAGCUGAGGGUUUACACAGCAACCCUCAAGGGAAUAGACGAGGCAGAGCUUCCCAAAACCAUCAGCAGGGCUGCAGCCAAUCUCAUCAAGAGCCUCUGCAGACACAACCCCACAGAGAGACUGGGCAAGAGGAAUGGGGUCAAGGACAUCUGCAGACACAUGUGGUUUGAAGGGUUUGACUGGGACGGACUGCAGAAGGUCACAAUGCCACCACCACUAAUACCAAAUGUUUCAAAUCAUGGAGGAUCAGCUCCUUCAGCAGAAAGCCGAACUGAUGCAGCACCAAUAGAUGAUUCAGAUUGGGACAUAGACUUUUGAUUUAUGACACGGUGAUAUAUGGACAAUGUAAACUGUGUGAUAUAUUGGACUCUAUUUAUUAUACAUCA